AAUUUUGCCAAUAUCAAGUCUCAUAUCCGCAUUGCGUCUUGUGAUUUCUCAGCAUCACUGUUGCCUGACACGGCUUGUUGCAAAUCAAAUAAUGAUGUUACAAGCUUCUGGUCGAUCGUAUAUAUGUUGGAGGUGUACCUCUCGGCGACUGGUUCCGGGCCCGUCCUCUCCAUGGUCGCGCAUACCACCACCGAGGGUCGGAGGUAUCUACAGGGCAGCUCAAUAUAUGAAUACUUCAUCUAGAAAGCUGGCAACGGCACAGCACAACCAAUCUAAGCAAGGUGCACCUAGUGAGGCUCCUGUUAGUGGGCAGCAGGACGAGAAAAGCAGGUUACCCAUACGAGAACGUUUACGUAUAUGGGAAAAGGAGAAUCCAACCAAGGGUGAAAUGAUGUUGAGUGACCUUGCAAGUCAUGGAAGCUUAUCAAAUUCACAUACCCGCCCACAGAAUGUGAGCUUGAUGGAGUUUGACCCUGAGGAUAGCACGCCCUUAUUCAUUGGAGAUGAACUGGCGGAUUUGCGUUCUGAUGAUGCCAUGUUAAGCGCUGGCGACCUCGUCGAACUAUGCUCUGAGGGUUCGAGGCGACCUAUUGUCGCCGUUUGUCUCGGCCGUCUUCAGGGAUAUGAGCAUUUCUACACAGUCAGCGGGAAGUGGUUUUCAGCCAUAGGCAUCAGGACUCUGUUUGUGGUUAACAACUUCGCCACAAUGGAUGAGCUGAAACCAGUCAUCGACGCUCUGCCUCAGGUUGAAUUCUCCAUUGAAGAACUGAAUGUUCUUCAAGAUUUAGGAGAAGGCCCAUCACAAGCCGCAGGAGCAGUACUUCUGCGCAAAAUGCUUGAAUUUAUUCAGAGCGCGGAAGCUGUGUAUCAGGCGAAUGCUGGCACCCUCGACGCCUCUAGCUCCUUUAUAGGAGACCCUAUCAAGCACCGAUACCUUACCUUACACGAAAUUGCUGAACUUUUGAUCUCCGAUACAAUCAAGCGCGGAGAGAAGUUUAGCGCUCAGUCCCUCUAUGCAGUCCAUCGAGCGUUGCUACAAGAUGAGGUGUUUUUCAGACCACUUUUUCGAAGGGGACAUAAGAGAUCAUACUUAUUCGAAGUUAGUCCACUCUCAGAGGUUCGUCUCGUGCAAAAGAUUGAAAAAAUUGUGCGAGAGUAUUUGACCAUGAAAGGUGAUGCCAGAUUUGCUCUGUCAAAACCCGACUCACCUAUAGCAUCCUUCGUAGCCAAUGCCCAGAAAUUGAUCGACGAAAGCCGGAGAAAUCGAGAGUGGUCGAAUGUUGGUAUGAUCGGACUAUCCUCCAAACCGGCACAAGAAAAGCCAGAAUGGUCUGAGACGGACCUGGAGAUCCUGCAGUUCAUUGAACUAUGGGCCAGCUAUCAGAAAUUCCCAAAAUACUCGCGUUUCCAAACCCUCGGCUGCACACUCCUACGAGCUAUUGAUAGAUAUCAGGAGGCAGCAGGAUAUUUGCCUACCACGGGAUGGACCUUCUUACAAGAAGUUGGCUUCAUCCCGCCGUGGGAGAUUCAAGCUCGCUAUAACAUGCGUUUCCCAGGUGUUGAAAUUCAACGGGGUGGUAGCUAUGUUCGACCGUUUAUGGGUAUGCUUGAUAGGCAUAUGAAGCAAGAUAUGCUAGCACUUAUUCGGAAGCCUUUGAGCAAGGCUAUGGCAUACUGCAUUGACGAUAUCUCAGCCAGUGAAAUCGACGAUGCGGUGUCACUCGAACGAACCUCGAACCCAGAAGAAUAUUGGAUUCAUGUACACGUUGCAGAUCCAUCGUCAUCAUUUGGCGCCAAUACACCCUUAGCCAAAUACGCGGAGCUCAUUCCUGAGGCUAUUUACCUUCCUGGGCAUCUUGAGCCUAUGUUACCGGAAAAUAUUAUCAGCGAUCGGUUUUCUCUCGCGCCCGGGAGACCUUGUCUUACGUUUAGCGCCCUCGUGAAUAUGGAAGGCUUGGUUUUGAAGGAGAAGAUCACUGCUAACUUCCUGGAGGACGUUAUAUACAUGACUUACCAAGAUGCGGCUUCAGCUAUCGGUGAAGACCGACAAGGCUCAAACACAGACAGUGCAGCUCCAAAGGUCCAACCGGCAAAUAGGAAGAUGGCCGGGCCGGACGACCUGACGGAAGACCAAAAGAGUGACCUUGUAAUACUGUCGAAACUUGGCAAGGCAAUCCAAGCAAAGCGGCUAGAGAAAGGCGCCAUACCAUUCUUUGAGCCUCGCCCGACAGCAACUGUUAACUUCGACGGCGUUAAUCAGACAGAAUCUGAUGGCUUCAUUACCACCACCGGGGAUCCUUUGAUCCAUGUUCACUAUUCUCGGAGUUCAGAGACCGACCUUGUUGAAAAUGCUAUGAAGCUUGCGAACGAAGUUGCUGCUCGUUGGUGCUUUGAGCGAGGAAUUCCUAUCCCUUACCGCACCCAGCCUCAUGCUUUGCGCAACGCGGCCGUCCUCCAACAAUACGCACGCGACGUACUAAAUCCGAUUCUGAACUCCGGCGCCACCCCGGAUGAUGCAGUAUGGAGGUAUUUCCGCUCAUUAAUUGGCGUGGAUGAGGUCUCGACGACUCCUGGCCCACACUUCGGCCUGGGGAGUGAUAUGUACACCAAGGCCACAUCACCGCUACGUCGCUUUGGUGACUUAAUCGUGCACUGGCAGAUCGAGGCGGCGCUACUGGAGGAGAAGAGGCUGAAGCGUAAGCUAGUUGGUCCUAAUGGCAAGAAAAAGGGCGAUGAUCUUUCGUUCUUGCCAUUCAGCCGCGACCACCUCGAUCGAAUGCUCCCGAUGCUCCGCCUGCGCGAGAAACAGGCCCGUACUCUUACGAACAUCGAAGGUACCGACCAGUGGAUUCUUCAGGCCAUGGCCCGUGCCUGGCAAUUCAAAGAUGGCGUGCUGCCCGACACAUUCAAAUUUACUGUGCAGCACUUGGCUCGGUCUUUCGUCUAUGGCCGGCUAGACUGGUUCGAGCGCUCCGCAACUCUGAGACAUUCUGCUCUUAACAAGGUCAUCAGUAAGACAGAUCUACACAUAGGUGACGUUAUCGAGGUUCGUCUCACCGAUAUCAAUGUCUAUACUAGACAAAUAUUGGUUGAGGCUACACGAGUGCUGAAAAUAGCUGGGGUCAAGGACUCAACGACAGAGGGCGCGCCGGUCCUUUUUGACAGUGGAAGUGUCGAGGAUACACUUGUUGCAAUGAACUGAAACAACAGACUGGAUCGAGAGUAAAAGGUGCAUCUUUGUCAUCUGUAGUAAUAACUUGCUUUAGAAAGGGCUCAUACGAGCCAUAUGAAAUACCUGUAUACUUCUAGGGGCGUAAUUAUGGGCGGAUACGAUAUUAUUAUUUUCUAUACUCUAUGUGACACUCUGCUAUAUUGUAAAUUAGGUAGGUAGGAUAAAAGCAAUUAACAACCCUAUCUUCCAACACAGCACCGUAUGUUUCUUAUUUAAUUAACUUUUGACACUCUAUGUACUUCGGCCAUCUAUUGAAAUGGUCUCACAUCCCAUAUGUGUUAGGGACUACAACCAAAAAUUCACGGUUGUUUUAAUUCUUAACUCAUUUAGACUCCGGCCCGCUUGAGGAUUGGUUGAUAUUGUUCUCUAAUGUUACAUCCUCAUGAUGGGCUUUGAAUUGCGAAUGCGCCAA